AUGGAAGUCGCACACAAGGUCCAGUACAAGGUCCGCGAGCUUGGUACUCGCUCCGUGACCCUCUUUCCUACCCAAGCCCAGAUCAAGCGAGAGAUCAAAGAUGUCCCUCUCAAGCCUGGGACCAAUGAGAUCUCCAUUCUCGGCUUCAGUCCAACUAUUGACAAAAAUUCGGUCAUGGUUGAGGGCAGUGGCUCUGCGACCAUCACUGGCAUCAGUGUCGAAUUUGUCCCUAACCACGAGCUUUUUGACGAUGUCUACCCCGAUGAUGAUUCGGACGACUCUCUUAGUGACGAUGACAGUGAUGAAUUCAAGGAAGCAGACGAGUAUCCGGGGCUAGCUGAAGCCUUCGAGCGCGAGCAAGAGCUCAGUGACCAUCUCCAGAAAGCAAGGGAGGAGAUCCUCAAUGCUGACGACCGCCUCAAGAUCCUUGACAGCUACUCCAAAUCAGUCGACAAGAGGGAAGGGGUCAUCAUCAGUGAGGUCCUUGAGACGUACAAGCAGCAGCGUGAAAGAGCCUACGAAGAUCGCAUGGCUGGUACUCUCCGAGAGCGUACCAUCAUCAAAGCCCUGAGCAAGGCCGAAAGCGAACGUUUGCGCCUCUCCAAACUCAAGGACAAGCAGCAUUACAAGACCUUCAAAGCCCAGAACAAGGUUCUAAAGGCAAAGCAGAAGGCAAAGUCGAAGCAGCUGAAGCGGAUCGAGGAGAAGCGCAAGGAAAAGGAGCGUAUUCGCAACGAGCGCGCACGCUGCUGGCCCAAGUACUGCUACACCGUCCACAUCCAACUCGAAGUCAAUCCCUCCUUCACCCCGUCCUCUUCUCGCCGCAGCUCUUUCUCCAGCGAGGUUGAUGUCGUCAAACGUUCAGAGAGCAGGACCGUACCUCUGGAAGAGAACCCCACGUGCGACCUGCUGCUGUCGUAUGUCACCAACUCAGCCUUCUGGACCCCCAGCUACGAUCUUCAGCUCUCGACGGUCAAUGCCACAGGCACGCUCUGCUUUGACGCCGGCCUCCACAACACCACGUCGGAGACUUGGGAGAACUGCAAGAUCACCUUGUCAACGUCUCAAGCAACAUCCUCGACCCUGGAUGACUCAAUCCCCAUCCUUGUCCCUUGGCACAUCAAGCUAGCGAGCAAGGGCUCGGCUGGCAACAUCUUCAACAGCCGACAGGAACGUCAGCAGAAGAACGAGUGGCAGUCCAAGAAGAUUGCAGCGCCAGCGCCCAAGCCGAGACAGGAAAUGUUUGGUCUUAAUACAGCCCCAGCAGAGAAUGAUUACCAGACGCAGCUCAUGAUGCUGGAACAGCAGAACAAGAAGAGGCUGAUGAUGGCCAGACAAGAACAGGACGGCCCUGCGGCAGCUCGCUGGGGUUCUCAUCAGCCUCAAGCGCAACAAAUGAUACAACAGCAGCAGAUGCUUCAGGCACAACAACAGGCGCAGCGGCAACAGAUGCUGAACCCGCAGAUGACGGGAGCUGUGCAGAUAAUGGGGCCACCACUGAUGCCGCAACAGCAGAUGCAGAUGCAGACGCAUGGGAUGAUGCAACAGCAGCGAGGCCAGCAAACACUCGAGGAUUUCAUCAUGUCAGAGGAGGUCAAUCGCGAUGAUGACGACGUCACGAUGCCCGAUACACAGCCUUCGCUCGAGUUCCAGAACUCGCUCGUCGAGGAGACGGGCUUCACGACCACCUACGACUUGCCCGGCCUCAAGACUCUGGUGCCCAAAUUCACUGUCUCCAAGCAGCGCGUCGCUCGCCUCAACUUUGCCAACGUCUUGUUCAGCCACACCGUCGUGGCCAAGUACCAGCCUGUGGCAUACCUCAGGGCCAAGCUCCGUAACAACAGCAAGCUUACCCUCCUUAGGGGCCCUGCUAGCUUGACGCUUGAUGGCAGCUUCAUGGGACAGGCCAAGAUCCCUCGCUGCAACUCGGGUGAGAUCUUCAGCCUCAGUCUUGGUGUUGACUCGGCCAUCAGAGUCAUGUACCCCAAGCCUGAUGUCCGAAGGAGCACGAGUGGCAUGUUCAGCAAGGAGGACAGCUCUGUGUACGUGCGCACCGUCACAGUGCACAACACACGUGUCACUGCUACCAAGCCAGCCCAGGUGCUGGUCUUGGACCAGGUCCCCGUCUCGGAGGAUGACCGCUUGCGAGUAGAUAUCUCGAACCCUCGCGGUCUGACACUCGGCGGGGCGCCCCAGGCGGCCGGGCUUCCGGGGCGGGAGACACAGGAGGAUAAGAACUGGGGCAAGGCCACGGCGACUCUCAAGGGAGGCGGCCAGAUCACGUGGGACGUUUCCCUCAACCCAGGUAAGGCUGUCAAGUUGGGCUUGGAGUACGCUGUGUCGAUGCCAAGUGGCGAUGCUGCCCAGGAGUGUUGA